AUGUUCUGCACCCGGUGCCUGCGCGCAACGGUCGCGCGCCGCCAAUUCUCCUUUUCACGGCAAUUCUCAUCCUCCCUGCGCUUCUACUCGGCCGAACCUCAGCUCUCAACCCCCACCACCGACGCCGGCGAGGCUGCAAAGCCAGCUGCUGCUGCUGGCACGGCGCGAUCCAGCUGUCCGGAGGGAACCGUGCUCAAUGGCUUAAACUACAUCAAGGGCGGGCAGGACCCGGUCGCCAAGAAGGAUGAAGACUACCCGGAGUGGCUGUGGUCUUGCCUGGAUGUUAUGAAAAAGGCCGAUGCGGCUGAUGACAAUCUGGGUGACGAAUUCUCAAAAUCCAAGAAGCAACGAAAACUCGCAGCCAAGCGCCAAAAGGCCCUCGAGGCCAAGCUCCUCGCCGAAGGCAACCUCGAGGCCCUGGCGCCAAAGGUCCCGCUGCAGCAGCAGUCCGUCAACCUGCCCGGCGAGCAAAACGGCUCCGUGCUGGACAAUCUCGCCGCGCUGGAGAAGCGAGAGGAGCUGAGGAAGGCGAUGCGCAAGGAGAGAAGGGCCAAGAUCAAGGAGUCCAACUACCUGAAGUCAAUGUAA